GGCCCGGAGGUAGGAAAGCAAAGAGCAGCGGGUCCAGGCACAGGCCUCCCGUCCAGACUUCUCCCGCCGGUCUCUCUCGCCAGCUGCGGUUGUCGCAGCAGCUGCUGCUCACACCAAAAAUCGGAUCUGUUCGCUCAGCCUACAAGACUUGCAAACUCUUGCUGCACCCUCCUCCCCCAUUAGGAGUCUUUCCCCUCUGGUUUCCCUUCCUUCCUCUCCCGCCCCCACCGCGCCCCCGUCCUCCUCUUCACUUUGGAGAAUUUCUUGCUUCUUUUAGCACCGUUUUGUAAUCCAGGGGACGUGACACCCCAAAGCUCCAAAUACCUCAGCUGAAUCCUACUUUUGUUUUUAUUUCUCCCUCGCUUUCUCUUGCUUUCCUCUCAUCUGAUUAUCUGUGAAGUCUGAUGCUUCUGCCAGAGGGAGCGAGGAAUAAAUAGAUGCUGCUGCCCUAGAAGGCUGAGACGUCGGGAAAGAGCAGCCAGAGCGGCAGGGGCGGCGGCGGCUGGACUCGUCGAAGCUCGUGGGACCCCAUUGGGGGAAUUUGAUCCAAGGAAGUUGUGAGAUUGCCGGGGGAGGAGAAGCUCCCAGAUCAUUGUGUCCAGUUCCAGGGGGGAGGAGGAGACGGCGGAACGGGCCUCUCGGCGUCCUCGGCACUGCUGCAUCCUGCCCUGUCCUGCCGGGAUCAUGGUUUGCGGCAGCCUGGGAGGGAUGCUGCUGCUGCGGGCCGGGCUGCUCGCCCUGGCCUCGCUCUGCCUGCUCCGCGUGCCCGGAGCCCGGGCUGCAGCCUGUGAGCCCGUCCGCAUCCCCCUUUGCAAGUCGCUGCCCUGGAACAUGACCAAGAUGCCCAACCACCUGCACCACAGCACCCAGGCCAACGCCAUCCUGGCCAUCGAGCAGUUCGAAGGUCUGCUGGGCACCCACUGCAGCCCCGACCUGCUCUUCUUCCUCUGUGCCAUGUACGCGCCCAUCUGCACCAUUGACUUCCAGCACGAGCCCAUCAAGCCCUGCAAGUCUGUGUGCGAGCGGGCCCGGCAGGGCUGUGAGCCCAUCCUCAUCAAGUACCGCCACUCGUGGCCAGAGAGCCUGGCCUGCGAGGAGCUGCCGGUUUACGACCGCGGCGUGUGCAUCUCUCCCGAGGCCAUCGUCACCGCGGAUGGAGCGGAUUUUCCUAUGGAUUCCAGUAAUGGAAACUGUAGAGGCGUGAGUGGUGAACGCUGUAAAUGUAAGCCUAUUAGAGCCACACAGAAGACCUAUUUCCGAAACAAUUACAACUAUGUCAUUCGGGCUAAAGUUAAAGAGGUAAAGACCAAGUGCCAUGACGUGACUGCGGUAGUGGAGGUCAAGGAGAUUCUAAAGGCUUCUCUGGUAAACAUUCCAAGGGACACCGUUAACCUUUACACCAGUUCUGGCUGCCUGUGUCCGCCACUUAACGUUAAUGAGGAGUAUAUCAUCAUGGGCUAUGAAGAUGAGGAACGCUCCAGAUUGCUGUUGGUGGAAGGUUCUAUUGCUGAGAAAUGGAAGGAUCGACUUGGUAAAAAAGUUAAGCGCUGGGAUAUGAAGCUCCGGCAUCUUGGACUGAAUAAAAGUGAUUCCAGCCACAGUGAUUCCACCCAGAGUCAGAAGUCUGGCAGGAACACUAACCCCCGGCAAGCACGCAACUAAAUCCUGAAACGCAGAAAGAACGUCAGUGGACUUCCUGUUAAGACUUGCGUUGCUGGACUAGCAAAGGAAAAUUGCACUAUUGCACGUCAUAUUCUAUUUUUUACCACAAAAAUCACGUGGUAACUGAUAUUACUUUUAUUUUCUCUUUUGUUUUCUGCUUUUCUCCCUCCGCCCCCCCACACUGUUUUUGGUCUGGGUACAGAUCCUUAAAUAUAUUAUAUGUAUUCUAUUUCACUAAUCAUGGGAAAACUGUUCUUUGCAAUAAUAAUAAAUUAAACAUGUUGAUUUCAGGGCCUCUUUGCUGGAGUAAAUGUUAAUUUACUGUUCUGCACCCAGAUUGGGAAUGCUGUAUUGGUUGCAAAGAGAGGUUUCCAGUAUACACAACACACAGAAAGCUAGAUAUGCUGUAAAACAUACUCUGCUGAUGUAAUCACAGCCCCAUUUUCGUAUGCCUUUUGGGCAUUCUCCUCACACUUAGAAAGUUCUAAAUGUUUAUAAAGGUAAAAUGGGAGUUUGAAAUCAAAUGCCUCGCAGGCAAAGCAAUCAAGCACCAGGAAGCAUUUAGAAGGAAAUGACACACAAGAUGAAUUAUUUGCAAGAUUGGCAGGAAGCAAAAUAAAUAGUCUUAGGAGCCCGGGAAAGAACAUUUUGCCUGAUUGAGAAGUACAGCUGAACCCAGUAGCUGUUGGGGUGUUAACAGUAGCAUUUUUCUCUUGGCAAUACGUUUGAAUUGUUUAUGAAUAUAUUAAUCAGCAUUAGGGAAGUGAAUUAUAACUAGACAUCUGCUGUUAUCAGCGUAGCUGCUUAAUUUGCUUCCUUUUAAAUAAACCCAUUGGUGUAAGUCUUUUCUUCUUCUUCUUCUUUUAAAAUAAAUCUCACUUGCUGCACUGACCAGGAAAAGAAAGUAUGUAUGCAUGUGCACCGGGGUGUUAUUUUAAAAAAAUGUGUAGCUCUAUAAAAUGCUGUAGUCACGGGAUGGUAAAAUAUGCAAGGUCCUUUUUAAAUUUUUUUGGCGUGUGUCUGUGUUAGUGUAUGUGUGUGUCUGUGCACUAACACCCAAGCUGGACUGAAUUACAGGCCUAUGCACUGGCCUGCACUUUAUCAUUUGGAUUUGUGCUGUUUAACGCUCAGUAAAAUACGCCUAAUAAAAGGAAUUAUGGUUGUCAGGA